CUUUGUGUUGUGUGCUUUAAGAAAGUCGCCAUUUUUAUUACCACAUUGAGUUAUUCACAGUGACUUUUAUUACGUGCAUACUGUGAAAUAUAAAGCUAAAUUUAAAAUCUGGCUAUUUUAAUGGCAUUUAAAUGUGUAAUCAGAGGCGUUCAUGAAGGCAGAUCGUUGACUGCUGAUCCGGCUUACUGACCAGUAAGUUGUUAACCUCCUCGUGGUAUUGUUUGAUUUUAUGUUAAACGAAGUACUGUGCUGGUCGCGGAACUUAUUCUAGGGUUGAAAUUUGUGCUAUAUAUUAUUUAAAUUAAAAAAAAAAUGAAUAACCCCGCGAGCACAAGUUCUGGUGUAAGAGAAGAUCUUCCGCCAUAUAAACAAAAUGUUUAUUACAAAAUUAGAAGCAUAUUUCCAAAUAUAGAUGCACAAUAUAUAAAAAAUAUGAUUUUGAAUCCUAACACAUAUGGAAUAGAGGAUUCUGAAAACAGUGAACAAUUGAUUGUCAAUAUAACUGAAAAUUUAUUAGCAAAUGGAGCCGAUCAUGUGGAUUUAGAGAAUGUUGGAGUCAAUUUAGAACCAUGGAGAUUUGAAACUGCUGCUGCUUAUGAUGUUCAAGCAGAAAGAUUAAUUGGCAUUUUCCCAGAUGCCGAUCCUGAGUAUUUAAAAAAUUAUGCCAAAACAAAUUUUAAUAAUCCAGAAAAAAUACAUACAUUUAUUGAAGACAAUUUAAUAGAAAAAAAAUACCCAACUCGUGAUGAUUAUGUAAAACGAAAAAUAUUCGAAAAUGAAUUUAACAAAUAUUUUACCAAGUUUUCUGCAAAAGAAUUUCUUAAAGAAAUUCCAAACCCUGUUCAAUAUUUUGAAAAUAUUAACAGGAAUUCUCAAGAUAAUGUUCUCAUACUCGCACUUUUGCUCGAACUUUUUAAUAAUUUGGAUCAAAGUUUGAUCCACAAAGAAUUUACUUCUUGUAAGUAUAAUCCAAGUUUAACAGCGAAAAUUUUGGAAGAUAAACACAAUGGAAUUUUAAAACCAAUUUCAAGAGAUUCGUUAAAAAACUUACAAAAUCAAGUGCAAGAGUUUUCUUUUAUUUGUAAUAGAAGACUUAUUGAUAAUGAGAUGAAUUUAAAUGAUUCACAAGAAGACUUAUUACAGUGUGAAGUAUGCUUUAAUUUUGAUUCACCAUCAAAAAGUUCGACAUGUGACAAUGGUCACAUUUUUUGCAAUCAAUGCAUUUCUUUUGGCACAGAAUGUAAAAUUGCAGAUGGUAUUUAUCAUAUUGCCUGUUUCGCUAACUGUAAAAGUUCUUUUAGUCAAAAGACCUUGGAAAAUGUUUUAAAUUCCAAAAUUUAUAAUAUUUUGAUGAAGAAAUGGGAAGAGGAAGCAAUUGCUGCAGCGGCAAUCAAUUUAGAAAGCUGUCCAUUUUGUAAUUUAAUGGUUGAAGUGCCAGAAGAGAGCAAAAUAUUUUUCUGUAUGAACGAAGAUUGUAAAAAACAAUCAUGCAGGCGCUGUAAGAAACUUAAUCAUCUUCCUUACGAGUGCGAAGAUGUUUUAGAGUUACAAAAGGCUCGAUUAUACCUAGAGGAGAAGAUGACUAGGGCCCUAAUUAGAAGUUGCUUGAAUUGUGGAAAAGAAUUUUUAAAAUCAGAUGGAUGUAACAGAAUGAGUUGCCCAUGUGGCUCUUCGCAAUGUUAUCUCUGUGAUAAACCUGUGUCUAAUACGGAUUAUAAACAUUUUAACGGCCAAGGAGCAAGCAGGCAUGACUUGUGCCCUUUGUACUCGGAUGAUAAAUAUCAAGAAGCGCAAGUAGUUCUUGAAGUGGCAAAAAUUACUAAAGAGGAGAUUUUAAAAAAAAAUCCAGAUUUCGAUGAAGAUGUGGUUACGAAAUUAUUGCCAAUAUUACCUGAAAGAGCAGAAGGUCCGCAUGAACAAAUUCCAAAUUCAAAUCAACUUCCCGAGCACGCUUUAAAAGUCGCCAAAGCGAUUGCCCCUUGAAAUUUUUUAUUUUUCAAAAAGUACAUUUUUUUUAAUUGUUUACGAUUUUCAAGAAAAAAAUGAAUUUUUCUUUUUUGUUUAUAUCAGUGAUAUUAAGAUUACUUAUUUUCGUUUUAUAAUUAACUUAGACUUAAGCACAAAAAAAUUAAAUUAAUAUUAAAAGUUUAGAAUAAUUGUUCUAUCUUUUUUAAGAAUCAAAGUAAUAUUAAUAGUUGUUUUUUUACAAAUAAAUUUAUUAAUAAGUU